GGGGAAGAGAGACGAGACAUAUAUCGUCAUCUUUUCUUCUUUUAACCGCUCCAGACACAAACAAGAUGCUGUCCUUGACGCCAAAGCCCGUCUUUUCCUGGGACAACCGGCCCGCCGUCUCGUCCCCGCUCUCCUCGUCUCCAGUGCGCGCCUCGUCGCCUCUCUCUGCCGCCGACGAGCAGCAGAGCCAUCCUCACCCUCGCCAGAUCCAGUCGUCGCCCAUCAGGCCCGUCAGCUUCAAGUACCAGGCGCGUCCCGCGCGGCCGAACCCCGUCAUCAAGAGGCGCGAGGAGGCCCAGGAGCAGAGGCGGCGCAACUUUCUGCAGAGCGUCCGCCAAAAGGCCGAGGACAAGUCUUGGCAGAGGAGAGACAUUGAGGGCCAAUUUCUCAAGACAAACUGGCUUGCUAACGUCGGCCGUCUGUCCCACGAUGCCCCCUCGCUGUCGGAGGCGGAUAUCGAGGAUGCCAUGACCUUUUCGCAGGAGUCUGCGCAGCUGCCGACGGACGACGACAUGAUCCCGGAGGAGCUCGUUGAGGAGGAGCACAUGCUUACGUCUUACGAAGAGGAAGUAUUGGCUCAGCGAGGCCAUGCGCUGCCCACUCUGGUCGAGGAGAGCGAUGAGUACGAUGACAUUUUUGCCGAGCUCAUCUCACAAGAGCAACAGCUUCCACAGCAGCAUCGCUCGUCGCAACCUUCAAGUCAGAUGGAUAUCGAUUAGUUGGCUUGGCGAUAUGGAGUUUGGUAUUUGCUUUCAGGGCUCUCGGAAGGGUUUUCACUGGCGUUUGAAUGUGCUUGCAUUGAGAGUGCGCACUGUGGGUAUAUAUGAGUGUGCGUGUAUAUAUGGCUAUUAUAUGAUGAUGAGUUAUUGCGGGGUGCACUGGUCUUCCGCCGAGUUGAACGCUUCCUGAGCAGAGGCCAUGUCCCCGACCAGAUCUGAC